GGCUCUACGCGCCUAGCCCCGGGGACCUCGGGCUUUAGGCGCUGCCUACAGAGCUCCGUUGCUGGAGAGGGCACAGCGCGGGCAGCAGCUUCUGGACUGCGCGAUGAGCGGAGGGAUUGGGCUGCAGAGGUGACCCGAAGAGCCACAAAGCCGCCUUCUUCUGCGAUAACCGGCUCCGUGACCGCAAACUAGGGCAAGACGGGCCAAGCCUCUCAGUUGUAAAGGCUUCAGUGUCCUUUGUCCCCAGUCAAAGGCCAGGGACAAUAGCCAGGGCAGGCUGUGGUGCCGGCCGUCCCCAGCAGCCCUCCUGCACGGCUGGCAGAGCAGCCGCUGAAGUGGAAAGCAGAAACAGUUCCCUGCCUGUUCACUGGUGACAGAAUGGGAAUAGGAUAGUACUUACCUUGUACUGUUGUUGGAAGGAGUAAAUAAGAUAAUUCACAGAAAAGGCUCAACACAGCCUCCUGGAUGUGAUGACCACAGUACCGACUAACCCGUCACUAGGAGAGCUAACCCAGCAGGUAACUCCCGAGACUGCAGACAAGAGGGGAAGAUGAAGGAAGACUGCCCACCCAGUUCUCACGUCCCCAUCAGUGACAGCAAGUCCAUCCUGAAGUCGGAGCUCUUAAGCUUGCUAAAAACUUACAACUGCUACCAUGAGGGCAGAAGCUUUCAGCUGAGACACCGAGAGGAAGAAGGUGCUCUGAUCAUCGAGGGGCUUCUCAACAUUGCCUGGGGCCUGAGGCGGCCUAUCCGGCUCCAGAUACAGGACGACAGGGAGCGCGUGCACCUCUCCUCAGCCUCUUGGACACCCGGACAGCCCAGCUGCCCCCUAAAGGAUCCACUUCUUCAGGACGGCAGGGUUCCUGCCCAGGAGCCGAGUGCUCAGACUGCACACGGGGCCGAGAGUUCCAGAGAUAGCUCAGAGCCCCUGGAGGAGGACGAGGAGACCCCCCAGCUGAUGCGGACCAAGAGUGACGCAGCCUGCGUGAUCCAGAGGCGGCCCCGGGCCCGUGCACCUGGUGAGGCCCAGAGGAUUCGGCGACAUCGCUUCUCCAUCAAUGGGCACUUUUAUAACCACAAGACCUCAGUGUUUACUCCUGCUUAUGGGUCCGUGACCAACGUGAGGGUCAACAGCACCAUGACAACCGUGCAUGUGCUCACCUUGCUGCUGAACAAGUUCCGAGUGGAAAAUGGUCCCAGUGAGUUUGCACUCUACAUUGUUCAUGAGUCUGGGGAGAGAACAAAAUUAAAAGACUGUGAGUAUCCGCUGAUUUCCAGAAUCCUGCAUGGGCCAUGUGAGAAGAUCGCCAGGAUAUUCCUGAUGGAAGCCGACCUGGGCGAGGAAGUUCCCCACGAUGUCGCUCAGUACAUUAAAUUUGAAAUGCCGGUGCUGGACAGUUUUGUUGAAAAAUUAAAAGAAGAGGAGGAAAGAGAAAUAAUCAAACUGACCAUGAAGUUCCAAGCCCUGCGUCUGACGAUGCUGCAGCGCCUGGAGCAGCUGGUGGAGGCCAAGUAGCCAGCUAGCAAUGGCCUCAUCUGAAGCCCCCCACAGCCAGUGCCCCUGCAUGCGGGUGGCCAGGCCCUGACUGAGGAAUUUCAGCCCCCGCACUUCUACGCGUCUUUCUGCCUGAGUGCCAUGCGUCCCAUGUCCCUGGCUCUUGGCUCCAAGCUGAGCACUCACGGGGCCCAGAGCCAGGCCUGAGGAGCCACGACUUUGCUCGGUGCAGUCUAUGUCUGAGGCUUGCCUGGGCAGUAUGCAGCCCUGAAGCUGGGGAACUGGUCACAUGAUGUGGCUGGAUGGCAUGGCCAGUCCUCUUCCUGCCACCCCUCUCUUGCUCAGGAGAGUGGUAUGUGAUCGAGCCCAUGGGUGUGUGCUCUAUCUGUUUUCCCAGUGCCUAGGUCCAGAGUUUCUGCCUGGCCACAAGCCCCUGACCUCUUCAUCCACGUGAACCAUGAGAUCCUGUCUGCCUUCACCACAUGCUGCUGCUCAAGGCUCUACUGAGAAAAUCAGGGCUGCCAGCAGAUAGGGGAUGUGCCCUGCUUCUGACCUUCACUUCCCUGUGGCAAUCCUGGCCUCCAAGACUUGGAUGCCACCCUCUGAGCAUUGCACAGCCUAGCACACUGGCAGCAGAGCUCAGACCCCGACAAGACCAUGAGCAUCCCAUCCUCUCUCUGAAGUACUGGCUUCUAACUUCUUGUUGGGACCAGAAGAAUUCUUAUAAGGAACUUGCUGCAGGAAACAAGGUGCUUUGAUCCCAUAAAGGAGGUGGCCCCCAUGGCACUGGAAGGAUGCCAGCCCUUGUGCAGCAGGGUCCAGGGCUCAGGCAGUGGCUCAGGAAGGCAAUGCUCAGUCCCCAUCACCGCUGUCCCGUGGAUGCCUGUGUGCCUCCUGCCCUUUCUGGGCUUAUUCCUUCAAUCUCUACACUUCCCAUCAAAGGGGCACAAUGAGAAGAAAUGUCUAUUUGAGGAGAAAUGGCUUUGAAUUCCCUGGGGCCAGAACAAUUUGGAUUUGUCAGCUGAGGGAGAAUUUCUGGAAUGAACUGGAAGGCCUUUGCAAAACUAACUAUGCAACAGUUUACAUUGGUCAUGUGAAGUGUUUGUCCAAACAGAGCAAGUUAAAGACCAUAUUCUUUUCCCACUGGGGCCUGUGGAUAGUGGAUUUAAAGGAAAAAACUAUAAAGUCUUCCAAAUAAAAGAGACAGUCCAGCUCUGCUCCAUGUACUGGCUCCUUCCUGGCACCCGGAAAGAGCCGAGCCUGGGAGCAGCUGUGCUGUGUAAACUCACAGUUCCAGGUGAGCUUCCUGCCAGGACAUCCCCGGCCUAGCUCCAUCAUCAUGGAGACACGCAGAGGUGCCCUAGGGAGACAGCCUGCCGUAUCUGUCAUCUCUGCUCUCCCUUCCUUUCCUAGUUUCCUAGGUGCUCAAUAAAGGUGCGCUCUAUUGAACUGAAGGAAUUCGGACCAAGCCUUCUUUCUGAGUUAUGUGUCUACCUUGACUCCCAGAUCUAACCUCUGAAACUUUGAUCCUACAGUAUGUGUGGCCAAAUUUGGCAAAAGAGCCAAAGCUGAGCCACAGCCUGGUGCUCUCGACCCCAACGUGACUCAUUCAUUUCAGUGCAUAGCCGGAGGACUAGUGUGGGGCCUGAGGACAAAGGCAGCCAAAGGGCACAGAGGAAGAAUCACUGCUGGGGGUCUGUGGGCAGCCUGGAGGGUGAGCAAUUGAAUCACCCUGAUUCACAGAAUCUCAGCAUCAGGAGGACCAUAAGAAUCUUCCAGACAGGGGCUCCGAUGGGACGGCAGCAGUACCUCAGGGAGGGUAGAAAACAAAUCAAACAGGCUUCUCCAGGCUGUUCUACUCCCCAACCCAUAGUUACAAGCUCAGGUCUAGUUCAACUGCCAAUCCACUAUUCAGGAGUAAUUGUGCCAGGCUCGUGCUCAGUUCAGGAGGGACAAAGACGGAGCCACGGUUCAUCUCAGUAAGAGGUGUUUGGUGUUAUCCUCAACUGGAGAAGCAGGCUGGAUAUCCAGGAGGGUCAGGGGACCAACAGACGAUGGAGCUGGUGUAGGUCCCCGGAAGGAUGCUGGAGGCUGAGCCCAGGUUGGGAUAGGUGGCUUUCCAGCCUGAGAAACACCGCCGGCUUAGGAGCAGGACAGGGCCCUGCACAUGGGAAGACAUCAGAGGCCCUCCAAAAGCACUCGCUGGUUUUGUUUUAUAGUUUUUCUCAUUUUAGGAUUUUUUUUUGUGGCAAUCUUUACAAUAUUAUUUAAGGCCUGCCUAGAUAAGCACCACUUUUGAACUAGACAUUAUCAAAACAUAGC